UCGGCGACUAUAUAUCUUCCUCUCAGUCAAUUUCCUGCCGACGUGCCCACAUUUUUGGCAAGGAUUGUUGAUCCAGAAAGUCAGGGCUAAAUAUUUUCUCUUUGUUUCCCAAGAAUGCUUCGAGCGAAAUCAUGACCGAUUGACCAUACACGACACUAUUAAUUUCCUGAACUUCAAUUAGACUUUUAUCGGAAAGAUGUUCUUGGACAACGUAAUUCGACGGAGAGUAGCGUCUCUGUUGCAGCCAUGGAUGCGAGAAGAGCCGGAGCUGGAGGUCAAGUUAGGGUUUAUAAAUUCUCACGCGUCAGCGAAGAACCUGCGCUUGAACACUUGGGUUCUGAACGAGUUCAUCGACGAGACGGGUCGUUUUUCCUUCAAAGACGUCACCAUCGACAGCUUGAGCGUCCGGUUCUCGAACUGGUUCGUCCCUGCCUUCAGAAUCGAACUUCAAGGCGUCCAUGUGACGCUAGCAGCUGCAAGGGAGUUGAAGGAGGAGGGAUAUUCGAGAAGGGUGCGGAAACGAAAGGAUUCGUUUUCAGAGGACUUGAAGAAGAAGCUUUCCAUGUUUGAUCCCGAGGGUAGUGCUUUGCACAGCGUUCUUGAGGGGAUCUUUGUCACCACUUCUUCAAGAAAUCGAUUUACCACGUCUUUUUUGAAUCUUAUGCUUAAACAUUGUCAGCUUCAGAUGCGUGAUAUUGGUCUGCAAGUGGAGUUCGCAAUGUUGAAUGAUUUGUUUAUGUGUUUGUCGGAAAUAAAGGAGUUUAAUGCAGAAUCCCAGUAUCUCCCACAUGGGUGUCUUCUUAGAGGGCUUUUUGGUGCAAUUUUUCUACCUUUGAAAGAAGUUUCUUAUAUUGUCAGUGGGAGUGGUUUCGAGAUUGGCUUCAAGAGAAAAGAUCAGAUAAACCGUGUGUUGCUUUCAACAGGUCUGUUCACUCACAUCAAAUUGGAUGAUCUUCAGCUUGUGGAGUUCAAUCUUCGGGUUCCAGAAUUAAGCUUGUUUUUUUCUCCAGCUGAUCUUUCUAUAUACUCAGCUUUGGGUAAAAUAUCAUCUAAAGAAUCUAAGCAUGCUAGAGAUGGUAGACAACUAUGGGAAUUAGCUGCAAGCAAAGUUGGCCAUGUAACUUCAGUUCCCAGAUUAUCAUUUCAUAAACUAGUUGUUAUUGUUAGUCUCUGGCUCCGUUAUGUAAAAACUUAUGGGAAUUUUUUGUCACUAAUUGGAUAUCCUGCUGACAUCUUUUUAGAAAGAUCUUGUGCCGAGAUGUCUAACGAUAAAAUGUUUUUGAGUUCUAUCAAAUACCACUGGAAGGUGAUCUCUGAUAUUGAGAAAGAGCUGCCUGCUGAAGCAAUUGCACGGGCACGGCGAAUUGCCCGUCACAGAGCAGCAUCGAAUGUUGAAUGUGUCAAUGAUACCAACAAGGAAUCUGUUGUCAAUAGUUACUUCAAGUUUAUUUUCAAGAUCCUUCAUGUAGUAGCAUUUAUUUUGAAACUCAUAUGCAAUAUGUUCCACCCCAUUGUAAAAUUAUUAUGUUUGGGGAAAGUUUUGGCUCAAGAUGCAAAAAAUGAAGGAGUUUGUAGAACUGUCUCCAAAGAUCCCUAUGGAUGUAGUUGCUUCAUUUUGAAUCUUGGGAAAAUUGUAAUUACUCUUUCUCAAAUGAAAGCAAUUCAACCUUCUGUAAAUGAAAAGUUAGAAUCACAUAUUGGGAUCUCAGAUUCAGAUUUCCUUUCGUUCUGUCUUUCAAUUGAUGAAUUGUUAUUAAUGAAUGUACAAAAAACCUGUGAACAGUCCGUCUUUUUAUCCUGCGGUCAAUUGAAGAUUAGCUCAUCAUCUUUGACAGAAGCUUCUGUUAGGGAAAGCAGUUUGAAAACUUAUCCUAGUUCUGUGAAAGGACAUAGGAAGGAGAGAGCUAAUGAUCUUAAAUCUAUUUUAUGGGGUGAGCCUGCACAAAUGUUUCUCCUUCCAGAAACUAGUCAUACCAGUGCUGCUCAUGAUGCUGAAGCUACUUGCUUACCGGUUCUGGAGCAUUUUCUGGGAGAAAUGUGGUUGAGUUGGAGAAGAGCUUGUGUGGAAUUUGAAGAAAAUGAUAUUGAGUAUUCAGAGAAUCCAUGCUUUCUCUGUGAGAUCAAAAACUCUUUGACAUAUCCAGGCGUCAAGCAUCCAGAUUCCGGAUUUUGGAAAUGCAGUUUGAGUAUGGGAAAGUUGAAUUUAGCUUUGGGUUUUUCAUCAAUACUAUCAAUAUCUCUGCUUCUUAGGCAGAUAGAAGAUGCUUUUAGCUGGACUGAAGACGGUGGUAGAGCAAGGGUUCUUUCACAUUCUCAAAGAAGCAGUGAUGAACAACAAGAAAUCAGUAGCAUUGAUGAACAACCAGAAAUCAGCGAGGAUUGUAAUUACAAGUACAAUGGUAGUGGAAUGAAGACAGUAUUGCUUAGAAUGCUCCCUGAAAAAUACAUUCAAAUUGGGAUAUUUAUUGCUGGUCCUCACAUCCGUAUGUCAUUGAGGAAGGAGCUUGAUGGUUUGAAUGAAAACAUGAAUCAUACAAUUAAUGAGGAUGAUUUUCACCUUGCUUUUGAUGUUCAUAACAUUGAGGUUGCUGUUCGGCCAAUUUCCGGAUCUGAUCCGGCAUCAUUGAGUGGCUCUCAUGAUGCUGAAAAGGAGUGUCUGUUGUUGAAAGAGCCUCAUACGAUUGAUAUUCCUAAAUCAGAUAAUGAAAAAUAUGUAUCUCGGGGGUGUAUUUCCCUUGGAUCAUAUCUGCAAGUUAAUGGUUUAAAUGCUUAUGUGGAAGACUCAACAGACAAACAACAAAGUCAAAUUUUGGCGUUAAAGCCCAUGACUGUCCAGUUAUCGUCUUUCAGGGAGUAUCUUCAUUCAUUCAGUACAACUAUUGUUGCUUUCACUGCAGCUUUAUCUGGGACAGCUACAGGAUUCACUGCUUUAUCAUAUAUGGAUGAGUUGUAUGUUCUCUUUCAGGUGUUUGGAAGUUUAUCUUCUGCAGUAUCACAUGCAUAUUGUUUCUUUGAUCCUGUUGGUCCUGUACCUCAAGAAGAUAUCAGGCAAGAGAUUGUUCUUGCUGAGCCUGAAAAAGAGGAGAUAAAAAUGAAAGGAGCUCCCUUAAUUUGUGGUAGUGUUCUAUUUAAAAUCUAUGGGACCUUCAAACUCAAAUCAGUGGAUUUGGUUCUUCAUGUCUCUAGGAGGAGAGAUAAUGUGGAGAGUUCUGUGAAGAUCUUUGAUGCUUUAACUAGGAGAAAGUUGACUGAAAGUGGUUUGUCUGAUUGUGGAAUUUGGGUUUCUGUUCGGCAAACAAGCAUUAAGAUAUCUUGUGAAGAACAAGUGGAAGUUCUCACUGAUUUGUCAGGAAUCCAGCUUGUUAUUUUCAGAUAUCAGAAUGAUAUAGGAAAACAUACUGAUCACUCUGUACUGAAGGAUCUUCCGCUACAAUCUCUUAAUUGGUUUUAUGAAAUAUCACUUUCAAAAUGCAAGAUUACUUUACGGUUGGUUUUACCUGAAAAUGCGUCAUCUUCAUAUAGGCUGAGCAACGUGGUUGAAAAUUCCACUUUGACAACUGAUUCUGAAAGACCAACUCAUUGGUUACUCAUAAAUGUUGAACUGGGGGAGAUUUAUAUGGCAAGAUGCUCACUAAAGAAUGUUCUGGUUGGAGCACAUCAGUUGAAGAAGCUUAAAUCAUCAGCUUCUGUUGCAAUUGAAUUUCAAACAGUCUCUUGGAAUAUUCAGGUUGGUUUUAUUUUCCUUGAAACAACAACUUUGGCAAUGUUCAUUCGCUGUUUGGCUUCAUAUCUUCACUGUUUCACAAAUCUUUUAUCUGUCGCACAAUCAUCUGAUAAACACAUCGGAAAAGCUGAACAUGAUAUGGAUAUGACUAGACUGAAUGAUCAUUCUGUUAGGGGGCAUGCCCAAGAGACUCACUGUGCAUCUCAGCAAGCCAAAACGCAACUGAUGGAAGCUUUUAUAAUAGAUGUGUCCAGAUUUUCUCUUGUUCUUGGGAUUGAAGAUGAGUCUGGUAGGGUUCGGGAAUUCGUGCUUGAGGUUGAUGUCCAUUUGAAAUUCAAGUUGGAAAAUAUGAGAAGGAAGUUUACAUUUGACCUUUCUCGGUUAUCAAUCUUUUCUCAAGUUUUUCAUGAUAUUGUGGAAAAUGAAAUCCAAAUUCCUCAUUUUUCUUCUGUCACAUCAAACGAUAUGGUAUCUUGCUCUGUGUCUGGGGAUCCUGCUGCAGGAUUUCAGCAUAGGAAUGAGAUUCAUCUAGUUAAUGAAGCAAGUUGCUCGAGGGAUCCUGUUCCCCAGAAAGAAUUUUCUGUAGAAAACUGUGCAUCUGAACGAAUGCAUUUAAGUGAUCACAACUGUAUUUUGGAACAAUUAGGUGCUUCUAUGGCAGUGGAGAAGCCAAAGGAUGGUCCUUUGCACCUAAAUCAGGUUUGGGUAGGCAGUGGUUCGGUUUCCGGUUUUGAUAUGACAAUUUCUCUUUCUGAAAUACAGAUGAUUUUGUCUAUGGUUUCAUCCUUCUCUGGGGUAUUUAGCAAUGAAGCGACCAGCAAAUCAAAUGAAAGGCGCUGGUCCAGUAGCAAGGAAUUGAACAAUAGUAUGGAAGCAAUGGUUCCAAAUGGAGCAAUUGUUGCAAUUCAAGAUGUCCACCAACACAUGUACUUCACUGUUGAAGGUGGAGAAAAUAAGUACAGUUUGGUUGGUGCGGUUCAUUAUUCUCUUGUUGGAGAAAGGGCCCUUUUCAGGGUCAAGUACCACAAUCAAAGAAUCUGGAAGUCUCGAGUUUUGUGGUUCUCCUUGAUAUCAUUGCAUGCCAAGAAUGACUUAGGGGAACCAUUGCGAUUGAACUAUAGUCCAGGAUCAGGCUUUGUUGGCAUAUCCAGCACUAACGAUAGUGGGUGGGCACUUUGGAGAACACUUUCUUGUGAGCCUGAAAGUUAUAAGGGUGAUAUUGAUUGGGAGCCUUACAAUCAGUUGGUUAGAAGGACCUUUUUCCUUGUGAACAAGAAGAAUGAUUGUUCUGUUGCUUUUGUUAAUGGAAUUCCAGAGUUCGUCCGGAAGCCUGGAAAUCCAUUCAAAUUGAAAGUAUUCCAGGACCUUUCCAUAGCUCGUGAUGUUGUAAAGCUAGACAGCUACCCUGUGGAAGCUUCUGAAAGUAGUCUGCAACAUAAUGCACACAUGAGUGAAGAGAGAACUUCUGGUCUGAGUAACUCUCUCCCUUGCAUUGAUAUCAAAAUUGACAAAAUUUCUCUCACCAUUGUUCAUGAACUUUUGGAUACAAAGGACCGGUUUCCUCUCCUUCGGGGCUGCAUCAAAGAAAUCCAUCUUAUUCUACAAGUUCAAUCUACUAAAUCCCGUCUUAUAAGCACAUCAAGUACUGCGGCAUAUUACUUUGAUGCCCAAAGGAACUCAUGGAGGGAACUUCUUUACCCAGUUGAAACAUGCAUAUUCUACCGUUCCAGUUUCCAGAUUCACGGUUCCAACACUGUUUCACAUGGAGUGCCUGUUCAUAUCCAUUGCAGAAUUAGUAGGUUAAACGUAUUCCUGAGUGAGCUUUCACUAGACAUCCUUCUCUUUGUGACUGGGAAAUUAGAUUUGGCCGGUCCUUUUUCAGUGAGAAGCUCCAUGAUUCUGGCCAAUUGCUGCAAGGUGGAGAACUGGUCAGGCUUAAACCUUCUUUGUCACUUCUACAAUAAGCAAAGUUUAUCAAUAGCCAGAAAUCAAUCUGCUUCUGUUUUUUUAAGGAACUCAGAUAUAGCAAACCAAUCUCCAGAAAACAAAUCACUUGUUUCAGUCCAACUUGCCAUUCCUGGAUCCCUCAAAACUUCUUCCAUUCAUCUUUCUCUUUUAGAAGCUCAAGCACUUGCCUGGAGAACACGUGUAAUGUCAGUCCAGGAUUCAAAAACUUACCCCGGGCCUUUUGUUGUGGUUGACAUUUCAAGAAAAUCUGAGGAUGGUUCGUCAAUUAUAGUUUCUCCUUUAACAAGAAUACAUAAUGAAACUGGAUUGUCUAUGGAGCUACGGUUUCGACGGCCGCUACAAAACGAAGAUGAGAUUGCUUCUGUAUUUCUAAAAUCAGGAGAAACAAUUGACGAUUCCAUGGCCAUGUUUGAUGCUGUGAAUUUGUCUGGUGGAUUAAAGAAGGCAUUGAUGUCGUUGAGCGUUGGUAACUUCUUGUUUUCUUUUAGACCUGAAUUUUCAGACGGCUCUAUAAAUUCUAAGAAUUCACUUUCUGCGGAGUGGUCAGAUGAUCUUGAAGGUGGAAAGGCAGUUCGGCUCUCUGGAAUUUUCGAUCAAUUAAGUUAUAGAGUUCGAAAGGCUUUAGUUGUUGGAUCCAUGAAAUGUUCCUUCAGUACAGCCCAUUGUAUUCUCAAAUCUAAUGGUUCACGUGUUGCAAGCAUGCAUUUUUUGAUUCAGAGGAUUGGAAGAAAUGUGCCUUUUAUACAACCUGAUAAAUCUAGAGAUGGGUUUAAAAAUAGGGACUCACCGGUUGCAUUACAAGAGCAAAAGGAAAUUUUUCUUCUUCCUACCAUACAAGUGUCCAAUUUUUUGCACUCAGAGAUACAUGUGCUUUUGAGUGAAACCGAUGUGUGCACAACUAAUGGCUGUGAAAACAUCGGGAACCAAGCAACCAUAUCAUGUGGUUCAACAGUUGAUUUUUAUGCUAAUCCUUCCAUCAUAUUCUUUAUUGUCACUUUAACUGCUUUUGAUACAAGCUGCAAACCAGUGAAUAGCAGUGAUUGGGUCAAGAAGUUAUCAAAGCAGAGAGGGGCAAUCCAUUGUCUGGACAUUGAUCUGGAUUUUGGAGGUGGAAAGUAUUUUGCUUCCUUACGAUUGUCUCGCGGGGACAGGGGCAUCUUAGAGGCCGCUAUUUUUACACCAUAUGCCCUUAAGAAUGAUACUGAUUUUCCCCUUUAUUUCUUUCCACCUGAUAAGAAGCCUCUAUCAAGGGACAAACCAGGGACGUUUGAUUCCAGCAUUCCUCUGGAGUUAGGAUUAUUUUUGCCUCCAAAGUCAAUCAGAUCAUGGUUCUUAAAAUCAAACAAGGUGCGACUCAAAUUGUUAGAAGAUUAUGCAUCAGAGCCACUGGACUUGGAUGCAUUAUCAGGCCUUACAGAGAUAAGCUUGGAAGUAGAGAAAGAAUCUGGAGUCAAAUCUAUUACAAAGCUUGGGAUGUCCAUGGGGCCGCUUUUGAGUAAAGUAGCUUUGCCAUCUCAAAUAGUGACUAUGGUCCCACGAUAUGUUGUGUUUAAUGAAUCAGAGGAAAGUAUCACUGUCCGUCAAUGUUAUUUACAGGAUGACAUGGCAGGCAUGAUCCCCAUUACAAGUAAACAGAGAGUAACACUACAGCUGCAGAGUGGAAUUAGCAAAAGGAGAGAGUUCAAUUUAUUUGAGAAUUUUAUUAGAAAGCACAGAAAUGCUAACGAUGAAUCAUUAAUACACAUCCAGUUUCAACUGAAUGAUUCUGAACACAAUUGGUCAGGACCAGUAUGCAUUGCUUCUUUAGGACGCUUUUUCCUGAAGUUCAGGAAACAACAAUCAAAUCAAGCAACAGCAGUAGAAAAAGAUAUAACAGAAUAUGCAACUGUUCAUGUGGUAGAAGAAGGUUCUUCUCUUGUUCUGCACUUCCAGAAACCGCCAGAUAUCAGUUUACCGUAUCGGAUUGAAAAUUGCUUGGGGAAUGUAGCUGUAGCUAUAACUUACUACCAAAAGGAGUCGUUAGAGCGAGAGGUUCUAAAAUUUGAUUCUAGUGUGGAUUAUGUCUGGGAUGAUUUGACUCUUCCACAUAAACUGGUUGUCCAAAUCAAUGGUAGUCCUCUAUUACGCGAGAUUAACUUGGACAAGGUGCGCACAUGGAAGCCUUUCUACAAACUGAGGCAACACAGAGGAUUGGCAUCUAAUUUACGUUCGGUUAAUGGCAUGGAGAUGGUAAAAAUAGGUUAUGAAGUAUACGCAGAUGGUCCCACACGGGUUUUACGAAUUUGUGAGAUCUCUGAUAGUCACAAGGGAGACACAGUGUUUCAAUCAUGUGGAAAGAUUCAGCUAAGAGUUUCCCAUUUGGCAAUCCACCUACUCGAGCAUGGAAAGCAGGAUGGAGAUGAGAGUGAGUUGUCAGAUUUGCUGCCGAUCAUAAUUGCGAGGCUUGGGAAUAUCGAUCUGGUUUCUGUAUUAACUGAUCAGCACAAAUAUUACCAGAUAAGUUUACGGUCAUUAAAUUUGGAGGAGAAGUGGGUUGGAGCUCCUUUUGCAGCAAUGCUUCGUAGACAUCAGUUAGACUCCAGUGACACAAAUGAUUGUGUACUCAAAAUUGUUUUUGUCCAGCUUUCUGCCAGUUCCAAUGUUAUACAAGUAAAGUACUCAUCUAUAGUUUUGCAGCCUGUUGAUUUGAACAUUGAUGAGGAGACAUUAAUGAGGAUUGCCCCAUUUUGGAGAACAUCUCUAAGUGACUCUAAUUCUCAGAGUCGGCAGUUUUACUUUGAUCAUUUUGAGAUCCACCCAAUUAAGAUUUUUGCCAAUUUUCUUCCUGGGGAAUCGUACUCAAGUUAUAGCUCAGCCCAGGAGACUCUAAGGUCCUUACUGCAUAGUGUGAUAAAGGUCCCACCAAUAAAAAAUAAGGUCGUAGAGCUCAACGGAGUUCUGGUUACACAUGCCCUGAUAACAAUGCGUGAAUUAUGUAUUAAAUGUGCACAACAUUAUUCAUGGUAUGUCAUGAGGGCCAUCUAUAUUGCAAAAGGAAGCCCAUUGCUUCCACCAGAAUUUGUGUCUAUAUUUGAUGACUUGGCUUCAUCCUCUCUCGAUGUUUUCUUUGAUCCUUCUCAUGGGUUAAUGAAUCUUCCGGGUUUGACUUUAGGUACAUUUAAGCUCAUCAGUAAAGGUAUUGAUGGUAAAGGGUUCUCUGGGACAAAACGCUACUUUGGUGAUCUAGGAAAAACUUUGAGAACAGCGGGAUCUAAUGUACUCUUUGCUGCUGUCACUGAAAUAUCAGACUCUGUCCUGAAGGGAGCAGAAACAAGUGGUUUUAAUGGAAUGGUAAUUGGCUUUCGCCACGGAAUAUUGAAAUUGGCUAUGGAGCCAUCAUUGUUGGGAACUGCUUUGAUGGAAGGUGGUCCAGAUCGAAAGAUCAAACUUGAUUGCAGUCCUGGGGUUGAUGAGCUAUAUAUCGAAGGAUACCUGCAAGCUAUGUUGGAUACCCUGUAUAGACAAGAAUAUCUUAGAGUCAGAGUCAUUGACAAUCAGGUUUUGCUGAAAAAUCUACCACCAAACAGCUCCCUCAUUGAGGAGAUCGUGGACCGUGUAAAGGGAUUACUUAUGAGCAAGGCAUUGUUAAAAGGAGAUUCUUCAACAACUUCUCGCCCCUUGCACCAUGUUCGAGGAGAAACGGAAUGGAAAAUCGGACCGACAUUGCUGACAUUGUGUGAACACCUAUUCGUGGGUUUUGCAAUCCGCGCGCUGAGAAAGCGAGCUGACAAGUUUACGGCCAACAUCAAAUGGAAAAGAGGGUCAGAAAGCGACAAUGACAAAGCCCUUGUCCCUGCAACUGCAAGCCCCACUGGAGAUGAACAGAAGGCAAAAUUCGUCUGGAAAUGGGGGUUUGGCAAGUUUGUGUUGUCAGGCAUUGUGGCGUACAUUGAUGGACGGUUAUGUCGUGGUAUUCCUAAUCCUGUAGCUCGACGGAUUGUGAGCGGAUUUUUGUUGAGUUUUCUUGACAACAACGACAACGAAUAAACUCUUGUAGCCUUUCAUGUACAUAGCUUUUUCUUCUUUAAUAACGGCUAACACACAAAGCUUGGCAUAAUAGCAUAGUCACAUACUCAAACAGCUCCGAAGUUCA